AUGCAGGCUCAGGAACAUGAACGGAUCCUUCGCAACAUUAAACUGGAGCAGCCUGAUGUCAGUGAAUGCCAUGGUCCACAAGAGGAGUCUGUUGACUUUGGGGUACUGAGUGCUGUCAAGGAAGAGGGAAGUAAAGAGACAUCCCCAUUUCACCCUGCUAAAAGUCCAAAUAAGAGUGAGGCUAGUAACGAACUGCUAAAACACCUACUGAAGAAUAAGAGCACACCCCCUCCAGGACUGUCCCAUCAUCAGUCUGAAGAAAGUUUGCGCUCUGAGGAGGAAGAGAUGGACUGCAAAACGCUUCUCCGACAAAGCUCUAUAGACAGUAAUGGGGGAUAUUCUGACGGCAUCCCUGACUUCCAUGGGUCUUUAAAUUCUGAACAAGAUAAAAAGAAAGGACGAAACAAGAGAGCUCCUAGAAGUGGAGACAAGCCUGCCUAUCGCUACAAAAAAAGGAAGAAAGAGUCUGAUGAAAGACUGUUGAUAAACUCGGGUCCUGAUUCUGUAAUGACCCACAUCAAACAGCAGUUGUCUCUUUUACCACUCAUGGAGCCGCUUAUUGGAAUCAGCUUUGCCCACUUUGCUCCAUACGGCAGUGGUCAGUUAAAUGGAGAAUCCCUUUUGUCUGGAACGUUUGGCAGUGCUUCACUGGAUGGUGUAUCAGACUAUUACUCCCAACUGACCUACAAGCAGAGUAACCUGAGCAAUCCACCAACACCGCCUGCAUCUCUUCCUCCAACUCCACCACCUGUGAACCGACAAAAAAUUAUCAAUGGAUUUGCAACAACAGAAGAGCUGGCAAGCAAAGCUGCUGCUAUUGUGUCAAAAGGUCUAGUCCCAAAGGGUUUGCAUGCUCCUUUUAGGCCUGAAGAAGAUCUCUUGGCCCGGGCCAUGGCACAGGGUCCCAAAACUGUGGAUGUGCCUGCUUCUCUCCCUACUCCUCCCCACAAUAACCAGGAGGAGAUCAGAGUACAUGAUUCUUGCAAGGAUCGAGACACUCCUGACAGUUUUGUACCCUCCUCUUCACCUGAAAGUGUGGUUGGUGUAGAGAUCAGUCGCUAUCCAGACUUAUCACGGGUAAAAGAGGAACCUCUGUCGCCCUGUGUGUCUCCAGUUCUUCCCAUUCUUCCUUCUGCUGAAGGCAAAGGAACAGAGGUCAAACUACAAGGCAUAAAGACUGAAUCCAUGUUCUUUGGUGGCCCGUCUGAAGCUCUGAAAAGCUCUAAACAAGGUCUAGUUUCUGUGGCUAUCACAUUGAGACCAGCUGCAGCCGAGAACAUCACUGGCGUGGUAGCAGCUAUUUCAGACCUCCUUUGUGUGAAGAUCCCUAGCAGUUAUGAGGUCAGCAGUACUCCGGAAAGAGGGCCUCAGCAGAUGUGUGGUGGCACCAGGAUGGGCCCUCAUGGUAAUGACCCACGUGCUCAAAUGUUCUUCCAUGGACCAUCCAACAAUGGGUGGCCCAUGAUGAGGCCACAUGGCAUGAUGCAACAGCAAGUUCAACGUUUCCGCUUUCCAGUCAACAGCCCUGGCUGUGCCAUGAUGAAGCCUGACCAAAGGAUUCCUGGGAGUCCUGUUUCGAAGCCCCAGUGGUGUUGCCACUGUAAGGUAGUAGUUCUAGGAAAUGGAGUCCAGAAAUCUUUGCGAGAGCUCCCUGCACAUUUGCAGCAACAACACUGUCGGUUGAAAUCUGAGAAAAAUCUGGUUUUCUGCAGCAACGGCUGCUUCCUUUUGUAUUGCUCAGCAACACCUAUGCAGUGUCGCCAAGCAUCAGAAGUCAAGGAGUCUGUCAGCCUUCUUCCAUUUUCUGGGCAAUCUGAAACUCUCUCCAAAGCUCAGCAUCAGUACAGCAACAAUAUGUCCUCACUAGAUGUUCAUUGUUUGGCUCAACUUCAGCCAAAGCAGUCUCCGCCUUCCACCCCCCCUCUGCCCUUCCCAUCAGUUGGUGAGGUUCCCAAAAAUGAAAACAAGUCUGAUGCUAUCAAAGUGACUGUGAAACUGAAGGCCAGGCCAAGGUCAUAUGAUGGCUGGCACCAAGGGAAGAGAUUGAAAGGCCUUCGCUGGAGGAAGUGGACCGUUCAGGUUGUUGUCCCAAGGGGAAGUUCACAUCUCCCUGAGGAGGAUGAGGAUAAAAUUGAUGAGCUCCUGAAAAGACUGGGGGCCUCUUUGCGCCCUCCUUCAGCGUUUCGAGACCAGAGAAAGUGCUGUUUCUGCCACCAGUUUGGAGACGGGAUCACUGAUGGCCCUGCAAGGCUUCUUAAUCUUGACUUGGAUGUGUGGGUGCAUCUCAACUGCGCCUUGUGGUCCACUGAGGUUUAUGAGACGCAAGCAGGUGCAUUGAUAAAUGUGGAAUUGGCUCUCCGUCGUGGGCAAACAGUGCGCUGUGCCUUCUGCCAGCAGAUGGGGGCAACCAGCGGCUGCAAUCGACUCCGCUGUACAAACAUCUACCACUUUACCUGUGCUCUUCAUGCCCACUGCACUUUCUUUAAAGACAAAACCAUGUUGUGUCACGCCCACAGGCCCAGGGGUGCUGCUGGACUGGCUAUGGAACAUGAGCUGCGCUGUUUUGCCGUUUUCCGUCGCGUUUAUGUUCAAAGAGAUGAAAUGCGUCAGAUAGCUUCCGCGGUACAGCAUCCAGAAUUGGGCUACACGUUGCGAGUGGGUAGUCUCGUGCUGCAUACAAUAGGUCAGCUCACCCCUCAACAAAUGAGAGCCUUCCACUCCGCAACAGCAAUAUUUCCAGUCGGUUACGAGGCUUGCCGCAUCUAUUGGAGUAUGCGGCAUGGCAAUCGCCGCUGUCGCUAUGUCUGCUCUGUUGAUGACGUGGAUGGUCUGCCUGAGUUUAGCAUCAGAGUCAUUGAACAAGGUUACCAAGACUUCGUCCUCACAGACACUACACCUAAAGGAGUGUGGGAUAAGGUUCUGGGCCCUGUUGCCGAAAAAAGAUCUGAAGUCGGGACUCUGAAACUCUUCCCUGUUUACCUCAAAGGGGAGGACCUGUUUGGCCUCACAGUCCCAGCAGUCGCUAAAAUAACUGAAUCGCUGCCUGGAGUUGAGGCAUGUGACAAUUAUGCUAUCCGUUAUGGAAGAAACCCUCUCAUAGAGCUGCCUCUUGUGAUCAACCCAGAAGGCACUGCCCGCGCUCUCUCUCGAGUCAGCAGUGAUCGUCCGUCUGUGGUGAUCAGACCUCAACCACAGGCCACGAGUAACAGCACAAGAUCUAACCAGAAUAUAGCCCAGGGAGAAGGGGGCACAACCCACAACAAACCUCCAGUGGUGCACCCCAGGUCAUCGCAGUAUCGCUGGAUGAAGAGUGAAUGGAAAGCCAAUGUUUACCUGGCUCGCUCUCGCAUCCAGGGCCUGGGACUGUUUGCUGCACGAGACAUAGAAAAACAAACAAUGGUGAUUGAGUACACCGGGACUGUUUUAAGGAAUGAGGUUGCCAACAGAAAAGAAAAGACCUAUCGUUCUAAGAACCGAACGGUAUUCAUGUUUCGCAUUGACAGUGAUCAUGUUGUUGAUGCCACUCUAACUGGAGGACUUGCAAGAUACAUCAACCACUCAUGCGCACCCAACUGUGUCGCUGAGGUUGUAACGUUUGAAAGGGGAUUCAAAAUUAUUAUUAGCAGUAUUUGCAGGAUUGGAAAAGGCGAGGAGCUUUGCUUUGACUACCAGCUGGACUCUGCAGAGGCGACAGCUUCUGGUUUCUCCACGCCGCCCUCCACCCCGACACAAGUGUCCAGCCAGCCCAUCUUCACCCCAGUGACGCAGAGUGGACCAAGCCCGGAGCGUCUGGAGCCGACCGUGCGCUCUCGCUCCCUCUCCAACCCCCCUGAUACGGGACAGCUCUUCAGCCUCCCGUCCUCCACCAAGCCGCCUAUUCCUUCGUCAUACUCUACCUCACAACAAGUUUACGGGCUGUUUGAAGGCAUGCUGGAGAAACUUGAUCUCGAUGAUGAUGCUGCUGAACCCGAAAGUGACAUUUACAUGCGCUUUAUGAAAUCCCAUAAGUGCUACGACAUUGUUCCCACAAGUUCCAAGUUGGUCGUCUUUGAUACCGCUCUCCAAGUUAAAAAAGCAUUCUUUGCUUUAGUGGCAAACGGGGUACGAGCUGCUCCACUAUGGGACACAGAGAAGCAAAGUUUUGUGGGAAUGCUGACCAUCACAGACUUCAUCAUUAUUCUACACAGAUACUAUAAGUCUCCAUUGGUGCAGAUAUACGAACUGGAGGAGCAUAAACUUGAGACGUGGAGAGAGGUUUACCUUCAAGCAACAUUCAAACCAUUGGUCAACAUAUCUCCUGAGGCAAGUCUGUUUGAUGCCGUGUACACUCUCAUCAAAAACAAAAUCCACCGUCUGCCUGUCAUCGAUCCCAUCACUGGAAAUGCACUUUAUAUUCUCACACACAAAAGGAUCCUCAAGUUCCUUCAGCUAUUUAUGCGCGAAAUGCCAAAGCCAGCCUUUAUGAAGCAGUCUCUGGGAGAGCUGGGCAUCGGCACAUAUCGUGAGAUUGCUUUCAUCCACCCUGACACUCCCAUCAUCAAAGCCCUCAACAUCUUUGUGGAGAGGAGGGUGUCUGCGCUGCCUGUGGUCGAUGAGUCGGGCAAGGUUGUGGAUAUUUAUUCAAAGUUUGACGUCAUUAAUUUGGCUGCGGAGAAAACCUACAACAACCUUGACAUCACAGUCACACAGGCUUUAAAACACCGCUCCCAGUACUUCGAAGGGGUCGUCAAGUGCCAUAAAAUGGAGACAUUGGAAACCACCGUGGACAGAAUAGUCAAAGCUGAAGUGCACCGCUUGGUUGUGGUGGACGAACACUCCAACAUCGAGGGCAUCAUCUCCCUGUCAGACAUCCUCCAGGCCCUGGUGCUCAGCCCUGCAGCCCCAUCCCAGAUGUGCGUAAGGAGGAGAUUGCUACGGAAUGAUAUUCAUCAAUUCGAGCGGUGA